UCUACCCAGAAGCUGUGAUUAGCACACAAACAAGCGAUGUGCCACAAGUAACACUUUUCCUCACUGUCAAGCUCUGUGUCAGUAAACAGGGGUUUAUCUCUUCCCACAGCCAGGUGUUAUGGGAAGCUGGCAAGUCCUGAGGCCAGGGGGGAACGUUUUUUGGUGAGAAGAACUUGCUGCACUUCCUUUUUCUCACCAUGAGAUGCCCAGGUGGAGCACAGGCAGGCUUAUGGCUCCUUGCAGCUGGGAUGGAUGUUGCAGAUGCCACUGCCAUGGGGAGGGUCACAAAGGAAGGUAUCUCCCUGCCCAUGGAAAUACUUGAGGAACAGCCAAGCCCCCUUUCCCAUGGCUGAGCUGGGCAAUGAGAUUUCCUGAUGUUGUUUACCUCUCUGGGCUGUAAACUGCACGUUUUAAAGGAAAAAAAAAUAGUGUGGCAUAUGGUCUUUCCAGGCAUGCAAGUGUGUUGCCCCCCCAGGCUGGGGACUGUUCCUUAGGGCAUCACAAGGAGGAUGCCUGAGAGUGGACAGAACAAAACCUGUUUUCUCCAGAGUGGCUGGGCAUGCUCCAUGGGAUGAUCCAGGCACCUCUGCUGUGCCCAGUGCUGGCUGGUGACACUGGAACCCUGCCUGAGGCUGGGGGGGCAGCUGAGCCUGGCGGAUGCCUUUGAAGGGCCCCGGUCACGAGCUCAGCUAUCUUUAGCCCUAGGUAUUUAUAUUACAAGGCCACUGGGCAGUGCAGCAAAGGCAUCAAAAGGUGGAGAAGGCCGGAGGGGCCGUGCAGGGGCACGGCACAGAGGGGCAUUGAGUGCUCCCUAAUCCCUCAGAGCUGCUGAGGUGCCGGCUGAGGAUGACCCCAGAGGAGGAAGGUUCCCAGGCAGGGCCCCCGGAGCGGGUGCGUAUCCGGGUGGAGGAGCAGUCAUUCUCGGUGGAGAAGUCCUUGCUGGUGGAGAGCAGUGAGUAUUUCCGUGCCCUCUUCCGCUCGGGCAUGAGGGAGAGCACGCAGGAGGAGAUCGGGCUGGGGGAGCUGAGCGCAGCCGGGUUCCUCGCCAUGCUGCGGGUGCUGGCAGGCGAGAGGCCCAUCCUUGGCAGCGAGGAGACCUUCCAGGCAGUGGAAUGUGCUGCCUUCCUGCAGGUGAAGCCCUUGGCCAAGUACUUGAUCCACUCCAUCAACUCUGACAACUGCAUCCUGCUGUACCAAGCCGCUGCCAUAUUCGGCCUCCUGGAUCUCUUCCACUGCGCUGCACUGUACAUCAGGGACAGCUACGCUGAGCUGGAGGAGUACCUGGACUGCCUCCCCGAUGACCUGCUCGCCUAUGUGGAAGCCCUGCUACCCAGCACCUUUGUGGCAGUGGGAGCCCACACACCCACCUUCGAGUUCUUGGAGGACCUCUCCAGGACCAUCUGCUACCUGGAUGAGGAGACCAACACGUGGAGGACCCUCUCCUGCCUCCCGCUGACUGCCAGCACAUUCCUAGCCGGCAUGGCAACCAUGGAUAAUAAGAUCUACAUCGUGGGUGGCGUCUAUGGGGCCAACAAGCAGGUGGUGGAGAGCAGCUUCUGCUACGAUGCUGAUGACAACACCUGGAGUGAGUUCCCCAGCCCUCACCAGCUGCGCUACGAUGUCAGGCUGGUGGGCCACGAGGGCUACCUCUACGCCAUUGGUGGCGAGUACGAGAAGAUCUCGCUCAAGUCCGUGGAGAGGUACGACCUGGCCUCCAGCACCUGGACGUUUGUCUCUGACCUGCCACAGCCGAGCACGGCAGCGCCCUGUGCCCAAGCCCUGGGGCAGAUCUUCGUUUGCUUGUGGCAGCCGCUGGACACCACUGUCAUCUAUGAGUACGAGACCCAGCAGGACGCGUGGCUUCCCGUCACCGAGCUCAAGCGGCACCAGAGCUACGGGCACUGCAUGGUGGCCCAUCGUGACAACCUCUACGUCAUGCGCAACGGCCCCUCCGAUGACUUCUUGCGCUGUGUCAUCGACUGCUUCAACCUGACAUCCCGGCAGUGGAGCGCCCUGCCCGGGCAGUUCAUGAACAGCAAGGGAGCUCUCUUCACUGCUGUGGUCAGGGGGGACACCAUCUACACUGUUAACAAGAUGCUGACGCUCCUCUACUCUGUGGAAGAGGAGACCUGGAAGCAGAAGAAGGAGCGGGCAGGUUUCCCACGCAGUGGCUCCCUGCAGACCUUCCUCCUGCGGCUGCCAAGACGUGACCACGACAUCGCGACGUAGCUGGUUCCCCAUCCCACGUCAGGAUCCUCUCCUUGCACAUGACCUCAGCUCUGCACUCACUGCUCCCCUGGGCUCCUCUCCUCCUCCAUGGAGCUGUGCUCAGGUCCAGGGACACAUCAUGCUGGACCUUGGAGGUGACAUUAGACCCUGCCAGAUGGAAAGGGCUGUCUGUCUCUUCCUGCCCUGCACGGGCACAAAGUCCUGUCAGCCAUGUGUGCAGGACAUUGUGGCUUCUGCAGAGGACAGAUACCACAGAGAUGCAAGCAUGGGAUUUAUUUAUUCUGAUUGCACUCUGAGGGUGUGCAGCAUUCCACCUCCUCUCUGCCUUGAUGGGAAAUCAUUCAUUACAUGCCGGAAUUAAAAGGAAAGCUAUAGAAAAGCUUCUCAUUACUGUGUUUUUCAUUACUCCUGGGUUUGAGGUUUUUUUCUCCCGUGCUUCUGAAGGAAAAUACCUCCUAACGAGGAUCUGUGUCAGGACUUGCUUCUGCCCCUUAAUGCUUUUUCAGCUGCAGCUCGGUUUCAGAGUGCGGUUCCCACACAGCCUCACACUCCCCUGGGAAUUCUCUGUGGCUGCAGCGGGGUCCUGGGAGGAGGAGGGGAGAUGGGGACUGAAGGAAAGCAGCUCCUGAGCAUCAGGUGCUUAAUGUUCCAAGGGUUUUCUGGUACCUGGGAACCAUCAACCAACCCCCUCAGGCCCCAGUACAGACUCAAUGGGGUGGCAAGUGCCGGCUCUCACCAGAGACUCGCUUGAGCCAAAUCAGGGUCUUUUGAGGACAUGGCAAAGCUUGAGAGUGCCAAAAGGGAAUGAGGGGGAGGGAGCCAUUACAUGGUGAUACCAGGCUUGCAGAGCUCCACAGCCAGAGGAGCUGUUCCCAUUAGAUCCCACCACCUGGUGUUGAGGGUUCUCAGCCCUCAACACCAGCUCUGGGGAAGGCUGGGGAGCACAGAGCUCUGGCAGCAGCAAACCCAGAGCCCAGCUCAGCUGGUUUCCCAUCCAUGGGGCAGGCUUUGGGCUGCCUGUGCUGUCCAGGCUGGGAGGGAGAGGAAGGGAUACCAGCUGGGAUGCCUCAAAUACCUCUGCUGCUGAUCCUCGCCAAGUUCUCAGCAUUUUCAAAACAGUUCCCGCAUUUGAGAAUAAACCCACUCAAUGCAACUGCAAAGCAAAACAAACCAGAAAACCCCAGCCUGCACCCAGCUAGAUGGAAAACCACUGGAUGUACCUCGUCCCCAUUUGCUCUUUGCCACUGGGCCAGGUCACCACCCCGAUGUCACCCGUGGGGGGACUGCUGCUGGUGGAGCUGCAGGUCUGGCGGUGGCACGGGGGAGGCAGGGGACACUGCCAGACUGUCCCAGAUCUGCACUGUGGGCACUGUGAGCUGAGCAGCAUUGUGGUCCUCAGGUGGAAUGUUACAGCAACCCAUCAAAUCAAAUCAAAUCAAAUCAAAUCAAAUCAAAUCAAAUCAAAUCAAAUCAAGUCAAAUCAUUAUCCCCUUCCCAGACAAAGUCAAUUAACAUUUCACGUUGUCUUCUCCUGAGAGCAGCACAUGGAAACAUGUUGCUUUAAAACAAUUUUAAGCUGAACAAACAGCUUAAACAUCCAUUAAAAUGAAGCUAAAAUAAUUCUGUUACUAAAAUAUUUAUGUUGGGCUCCUGUGGCCAACCCUGGAUCACAGAACUUGGCAGGCUCACCCCUUCCCUCCAGUUCCGAUACCAAGUGAUACAACCUCCUCCCCACCUCCACAUGCUGCUUCUUGAUAGUUCAGGGGUUUACCAAGAUACUUGUCAACAAAAUGCAAAAGGUUUUAAGAUUUAAAGUGUAGCACUUGAGGAAAGUGCGAGUCUUGGCAGGCAGCUGAGUAUGGCACAGAUGUUCCCAAGAGCCAUUUGUCGCAUCCAUCAAUCCAGACUGUGAUCCAGAAAGUAAUGUAAGAUAAUUUUAGGUGCAAAGGGAGGAAAAAAGAUACA